AUGGAUGUAGAGAAUCAGCCAGAAGAGGGGGAUCUUUUCCUGUUCAACGAGGAGCGCACCAAGCGUCAAGGAUCGGGUCAGACACGGCGAACUCUGUCAUGGAUCUGGACGGUUCGUACCAAUGCUGCAGACACAACAAGCAAAGAAGAGAAAGAUGAUCUCUUGCGUGUUGAAUGGGCGAGGAGCCGAGCUAGGGUCAUGCGCGCAAAAGAGGAGGUUUCGAUGUUGAAGGAAGAGAUGCGGCGAACAUUAGUGUUUUUGGACUGGAAAGCUGUCUGGUGGCGAGAACGCAAAAACGCUAUCUCUAACGCGAGUAGCGAUCGCUUGGAGGCCAUUUCCGCAUUUGCCAUUGUGCAAGCUGACCUUCAAGAUUCCUUGGCGGAGCAUUUCCGAAAUCUGUGGCGGUCUCCAUUACAAGAGGCAACAUUGCGUGCUGCAGGUUCUUCAAUUGCUGCCACUGAGCCCACAUCAGUUUCUUCGACUGACCCUGCCUCGACAUUGACAUUGCUUGGAGAUGGAGAUGAAGGUGAUGAUAACGGUGACGACGACGACAAGUACAACGAGGAAGAAAUGUUUGAAGAGAGUGGUGUGGAGGAGUUGGAUAUCACUGCAAAUAGUGUAGCAGCAUUGAACGAUAUGUCGACGAGGAAAAAGGUUACAGAAAUGCUGCCAAGCAAAGGUGGAUAG